UGAAAAACUAAAAAAAAUGUAUCCAAAUUUCCUUUGUUCUAUAGAUCUGAAUGGCUAAGUACUUCUUACAAUGUAACCAAGUAAGCCUUAAAGCAACAACCCUCGAAGCUGUACUAGAGGUCUAAACAUCUGAGACAAAUAGACACUAGGCCAAACUGGGUGUGGGGGCACAAGCCUGUAAUCCCAGCACAGAGAAGGCCGACGUAGGUGGGUCCUUACAAAUUCCAGAGCAGAAUAGGUUACAAACCGAGCUCAAGACCAGCCUGAAAUGCAUAGUGAGAUACUGUCUCAAAAAGAACAACAAAAAAGAAGGCAGUAGGGCAAACUGAGAUGUAUACCUUUCCUUCCAUUUUUUUAGUACUGUGACUUGGAUCAGUAGAAUUGUUUUUAAUUUAAAAUUUAAGAAAAUUCUGGUACUUGCUAUUAGAAGAAAAAAACCUGAGAUUGCUUUCUCCCAUUCUGCUUAACUGCAGCAAACACAAGCAUAAUCAAGUCAGCUCUGUGAAAUCCUCGCCCUAAGAUUAUUUUUGGAACCAAGGAUUUUCCAGAUUACUGAAAGUCAUCGCGCGGUCCUGACAAGGGCCCGAGUUUCGCGAAGGAGCGCGGCGGGCGGCAGCCGCCCAGCCAUUCCGGAUCCGCUUCCCCAUAAGCAUUGGGAGCCCGGCUUCCUCCGAGAGCGAGCUUUUUGCUGGCACCGCCAUGGGCGCGUCCGCUUUCGAUCAACUCUCCAGAGCAGUGCUCUCCGGCGGCCCGCCCGCCACCUCAAAUCCCAAGCUUGUCCUCGCACGGCGGAGUUACCCAGUGCCCGGCCGGCGAGGCCGAAGGUCGGCCUGAGCCCUCGGAGAGGGAGGCAGCCCGAAGGCGCAGGUUUCAGCAAAUUACUAAACUCGCGCAGGGACGUGUUCUGACUGACAGCUCUUCUUUAGGGGGAAGGUGUUUUCUAAAAUUCCCGUGUUACCGUAGCCAAGCCCCUUACAAGCCCGGCGGCCCAACCCGCCCGAGCCGAGUCUGCCGGCUCCCAGGCUGGCGAGCCGCCGGUAGGUAGGCGCGGGAAGGCCCAGGGCGGGCGUGGCUGAGGGACUAGCUGCUGCGCGCCGACGGCGGCGUGCUGACGUCAGGGCGGAAGCGCACGGUGCGUGAAGCGGCCCGGCCGGGCGGUCACGGGAACAUCCGUCGCGCCGAGAACACUGGUUAGUCUCACUCCGGGUUCCGGCUGCGUCGGGCGUGCGUGCAGCUCGCGGAGACUAUGGCGUCCGGGCCUCACCCGACUUCGACCGCUGCUGCCGCUGCCGCCUCGUCGGCCGCCCCGAGUGCGGGCGGGUCCAGCUCCGGCACCGCGACCACCACGACGACCACGGCGGGAGGGAUCCUGAUCGGCGACCGCCUGUACUCGGAAGUUUCUCUCACCAUCGACCACUCGCUGAUUCCGGAGGAGAGGCUGUCGCCCACCCCGUCCAUGCAGGACGGGCUCGACCUCCCCAGCGAGACGGACCUGCGCAUCCUGGGCUGCGAGCUCAUCCAGGCCGCCGGUAUCCUCCUUCGGCUGCCGCAGGUGGCGAUGGCAACGGGGCAGGUGUUGUUUCAUCGCUUUUUCUACUCCAAGUCUUUCGUCAAACACAGUUUUGAGAUUGUUGCCAUGGCCUGUAUUAAUCUUGCAUCCAAAAUUGAAGAAGCUCCUAGAAGAAUAAGAGAUGUGAUAAAUGUAUUUCACCACCUUCGCCAGUUAAGAGGAAAAAGGACUCCAAGCCCCUUGAUUCUUGAUCAGAACUACAUUAACACCAAAAAUCAAGUUAUCAAAGCAGAGAGGAGGGUGCUAAAGGAGUUGGGAUUUUGUGUACAUGUCAAGCAUCCUCAUAAGAUCAUUGUUAUGUAUUUACAAGUCUUAGAAUGUGAACGUAACCAAACCCUGGUUCAAACUGCCUGGGUAGUCCAUGAUGGUAAGUCUAGAACUCUGCCCUCUGCACUUCAGCCCAUGACCUCAGGAUGGCCUGAUUGGCUGCCCUGCUCUCCAGCCAAUCCAGUGCAAGCUCUCAUCCGAGAUUCACUGAAGUGGUCCAUAUCCAUCUGGCAGCAUCUUCUAGUUCUGUCGGGGUGUCAAAAGGAUUUGUAUAUUUGCUUCUAGAAGUAACUAUUCAACAUGCAUAUGUAUUUAAUGUAUACCUGUAACUCAAAUGAAUAGCUCAUUUUUGAUAUUUUGUUGUCCAGCCAUUAUAAAUUAAAUGGUUUUUUUUUUUUUUAAAGGAUUUUGGCUAAAUUUCUGUAUACAGUAUGUAUAGCAUGAAUUCAGUCAAAAGGCUAUAGCCUGCAUCUUUAAGUGGGUACUAGUUCCCUUGCUAGGUUCAUAGUUGCUGUUCUGUUGCAGACAAUAUUAUGAUAAGCACUUCAUUUUUAAGAAGUUAAUAUGACUUAAAUGCUUUUGAACUUGCACCUUUGAGAUGCAGAUGUAUAUUUUGGAGUGCUGGCUAAGGUCAAGCCAAGAGAUUGUGGCUCAGCCACAACUCUUAGUUUUAUAAGCUAUUGAUGUGAAAAACUCAUUAAUUUUAAUUUUUAUGUCCUGGAUUUUCCCAGCCAAAUGUCUUUCAUGACUGCCAUGCAUCUUUUGGACUCUAUAAAUAUUUAGUAAUAUCACAAAAAUCUCAUAUAUAAAAUGCAUGACUUAAUUGUUCUAUAAAACAUUUUGGUAGAUUUUUAUGGGUAAAGAUUUUUAAGAAAUUCAUUUCAGCCUAAAUAAUUUGUAGAUUUUUUAGUUGAGGAAUAUUCGUGGGGAGGGCUCAUUAAUAAUUUCAGCAAUUUAUUAAUUGAAAUACUUUUAUUGCUGUUGUUUGUACUGUAAAAAAGGUAUGUAAACUUUGUAUUUCUUGCUUUUCAUUUCCCUACCUAGAUUUUCCUCAAGUAGCUUAGUUUUCUUAAUAAAAGUCUAACUUACAAAAAGUGGGGUUUUUUUGUUUUUGUUUUGUUUUUUUUUACCAGUCAUAGUUACUUUGAGUUUUUUAAAAAUUUGGUUGGCAGUUUUUUUAUUGUGGAUAAAGGAGAGAUGGUCAGUAAUUAAUGGCUUGAAGUAUUAUUGGAGUAGUUUAUCUUUUCUAAAAAUAGUUAUGUCAGAGUUGACCUAAGCAUUGCUUUUUACAGAACUACAUUAAAGGGUUACAUGGUGAUUAAGUUGAUUAAUUUAAAAGGGCUUUGGUCACAUAGGGGACAACUACAUGGGGACAACUAAAGAGUGGUCCUAGGGUUACAGUCUUAAUUUUACUGAUUUUUUUUUUUUUAGUUGAGAAUUGUUAUAUGCUAGAACAGGAAGACAUAAGAGAA